AUGGACGACGGGCAAGAAUUGGCGAUGCAAAGUAACGUGACCCAGGUGCGUUCAGAAUUUCAGGUUGCGUACCUAGGUUGGGAGUCGGGCGGCAGCGUCGUCAUCAAAGCUUGGCUUUGGGUUGGGAGGGACGCCUACCGUCAAUCACCCCCCGAAAUAAGCAACUACCACAUCCCUGGCGCUAUCUCGCCUCGAUUCAGACUCCCAAAACGUCAACGGCGCGGCAACCUCGGCCACUUUCUUUGUUAA